AUGAGUCAGAACAAGUUUUCAGGAGAGAUUCCUUCUUCAAUGGGAUCACUCCUUGAACUUCAAGUUUUGUUAUUGAGAAGCAAUAAUUUAACAGGUAAAAUCCCUUCCAUCUUGAAGAAUUGCACACAGUUGGUGAUGGUAGACAUAGCAGAAAAUAGAUUAUCAGGAUCUAUCCCAAAUUGGAUCGGGAACGAAUUAUCGCAGUUGCAAUUUUUAAGCUUAAGAAGCAACUAUUUCCGUGGGAGUUUACCGUUACAAAUUUGCUAUCUAAAAAGCAUUCAACUCUUAGAUCUCUCGCAAAACAAUCUAUCUGGAGAAAUUCCUACAUGCAUAAAAAACUUUUCCUCAAUGGCUCAAAUGACUUCUUUGAGAGAUUAUCAAAGUCAUUAUUAUUUGGUCAACACUAGUUUUAGCUCAGGUGACUAUUCAUAUGAUUUGAAUGCAAUCUUGAUGUGGAAAGGUUCAGAACAAAUGUUCACAGACAUGGGAUUAUCACUUUUAAAAAGCAUUGAUUUCUCCAGCAAUCAAUUAUCAGGAGAAAUUCCAAAAGAAAUAGAGGGUUUAUUUGGAUUGGUGUCAUUGAAUUUAUCAAGAAACCAAUUGACAGGAAAAAUUCCUUCAAACGUUGGAAAGUUAACAUCACUUGAAUUUCUUGAUUUGUCACAAAACCAACUUGUUGGUUCUAUUCCUUCAAGUCUUGCUCAAAUUGAUCGACUCACUCUGUUAGAUUUGUCACAUAAUUAUUUAUCUGGAAAAAUUCCAAUUGGCACACAAUUACAGAGUUUCGAUGCAUCAAAAUAUGAAGAUAAUACCGAUCUUUGUGGACUACCAUUAGAGAAAUUGUGUAUUGAUGGAGAACCAAGACAACAACCAAUUGUUAAAUUUCAAGAGGAUGGGGUUUUCAAUCAUGAAUAUUAUAUAAGUAUGACAAUUGGUUUUGCUAUAAGCUUUUGGGGAGUGUUUGGCUCAAUCUUAAUACUACAUUCUUGGCGUCAUGCAUAUUUCAAGUUCUUAAAUAAUUUAGGAGACACUCUUUAUGUCAUGACAACAGUGAAAGUUUUCAGAAUCUGCUACAAAACAUAGCUGCAGAGGAAAUCUGGAUUAUAGGAGUGUAAGUGAAAAAAUGGAAUUGUUGUUGAAGAUUAGAAUGAUUGUGAGGGUAUCAUGCUCAAAGGACAUAAAGAAAACAGAGGAAAGAGGUACUC